CGAUGCAUAGUAUCUUUGUUGCACAUAAGAUGUUCACGCAAAGAAAAAAACGCGAUUUAAACGAUUGCUAAAAGAAACACGAUAUAAACAAUUGAAACAACAGAUAAAAUCUGUCGGAUUUCAUACUAUGAUUAUUUUUGACAUAAGUUUUUUAUACUUCGCUUUGUUUUCAUGUUCAAAUGCUUAUCAAGCGUUUUUAUUCGGAGAUCUUGGCGAUGAAAAUGUAGUCAGUGUAAAAAAAUCAGCUAUACCGAAUGUCAAUAAAAUGCAAAGUGUAGAAGUUGGAAACCUAUUACCUGACGAAACUAAUUUUCAAAGCAUUGAUAAAAAGCUUUCUAGUGAGGAAAUCACACAGGAGCAUACAAACUUUUAUCCAGGCAUACCUGAACAAAAGUUGCACGAAGUUAAAGUUUUAAAUACAAUGUCCAAAGAACCAACGUUGAACAACCAAGAAAAUCCUUUAAAUGAAAAAAAUUAUAUUUCAAACGGAUUUGUUAACAAUGAUCUUGGGGUUAUGCAAAAACGAAACUUUUUAUAUAGAGGAUUACCACAUAGGGCGCCAUUAAGCCCGCAAGAGGUUGUUGCUUUGCAUGCAAUAAAAAAAAUUAUUGAACCUUCCAGCGCUCAUGAAAGACUGACUUAUACAGAGCAACCUAAUCAAGCUCGUAACCUGAUUUUCCGUCAAAAAGCUGUAAGUAUUGCAAAGGCAUUACGAUCUCCUAAAAUAAAAUCAUUCCUAGGUAUUAACAGACCAUUGUGGCCUAUUUCUUCAAAACUAAUUCGAUCUAAUUUUGUUGCAGGUAAAAAAUCAAACAUUUUUAACUCACCAACUCUAAAUAAGCAAUUAUUUCAAUACCUUCAAACUAGGGACAGAUAUUAUCCAUUAUAUACUUCAGGUCAAGAGCUGCAUCCUAUUGGUCAGAAAUUGAAUAAGUAUUUGUAUCCAUCUAAAAAAUCUAGUCAAAGUUUAUCUAAAAAUCUUUUAUAUAAAGGACUUCCAUUCAAUAUUAAAGCAAACCCAAUGAUUGACAAACGUAUGUUUGCCCAUGGAAAUUUUAGAAUACAAAGUUAUCCUAGUGAAACAAAAAAUGUCAAAAACUAUGCAAAAAUUCAUGGCUCACCGAUUAAAACAUUUAGCGAAAAAAAAAGAGUUUGGCUUCCUUACCCAGGAAGAACCAAGAAACGAGUAAUUAAUGAGCAAGAUGUUAAUAAUUUUUACAAGGAGAUCAAUUUAGCCAAUGAAUCAUACAAUCUAAGAAACGAUGUUUUAAAGCCGUCGUUAGAAGGAAAUUCAUUAAGAUAUCCUAUGAACUGGAGUGAUUACAAAGAAUAUUCUGCACCAACAUGGUUAGCGUCACUAAAAAAAGUAAUACAACCUGCUGAAUCGUUUAUAAAACGUGACAAAGUUGAAUUUCCAGUAAUGAAUAAAAAAGAAACCACAAAUGCAAGCAAGAAACAACUUCCAUUUUACCAUCCUCUCAGCACUACGUUUCCAGUUAUUUCAGCUUUUUUAACGCAACCAGGACAGAUACCAUGGGACUAUUAUAAUCCGGAGUAUCUUCCGGACGGAAGAAUACGACCACCUUUGUAUCCAAUUUCAAAGUAUCUUCGACCAGGUACAUGUCUCCCAGAAUCUUCCCUAUGUGAUAAAGGUCGACAUGAACAAUGCUGUGGGGCUGCUACAUUUUGCACAGAUUUCUGGGGUAUCAGUAAGUGUCUUGCUCAUCAAAAACCUAACGAAAAUGACUACCAUAAUCCUUUACAAAUAGAAGUUAACAAUUUUAUGAAAAGUAAUUAUAACUUUUGGCUUGCAGCUUUAAAUUAUGGUUUUUAGACUAAAAAAUGUAUUAAGCAUUAUUUCCAAAUGUAGGAAGUUGAAUAAAGUAGAACAUUGAAAGGUCGAUCAUCAAACUAAUUAAAGAAACUUGCACUAAGUUGCGCUUUUAAAAUUAUUCGAAAAAAAAGACAAAUUAAUAAAGUAGCAGUGAUCUAAAAACAAUAUUUCAUUUAAUUUUAAAAUUAUUUAUUUGAUACUAUAUGCAAUUAACAAUAAUUGACACUAGUAAAAUUUGUUUAUACUGUUAUAAUCAUUAUUGCUGUUUAUCAUUGUACAAAUAUUCACUAUUAUGUCGCCAUUAUUGUUCUGACUGCCACUUUUUGUUCAAUAAAGUUUAAUAAAAUCA